AUGCGUUUCUCUACCGCUACCGUCUUCUCGGCCCUGAUGGCCUUUGCUGCCGCCUACACCCAGCCCGACUACAACAAGCCCCCUCAGGGUAACGCCAUUUACACUCCUUCCCUGCAGGAGCAGGUCCCCAAGGGUGUUCCCUUCGACAUCACCUGGGAUAACGACCUCGGGUCCAAGGUCUCCCUGGUUCUCCUCCGCGGCCCCAGCUCCAACGUCGUGCCGCUGGAGACUAUUGUUGAGAACAUCGACAACACCGGUUCCUACACCUGGACCCCUCCCGCCAACCUCGACGUUGACACCACCCGCUAUGGAAUUCUCCUCGUUGUUGAGGGCACUGGUGCCUACCAGUGGUCUCACUCAUCUGCUGCUGCUUCCUCUUACUCCACCAUCUGGGCCACUUUCGAGUCGACCACCACCAUCUGCCCGGAGACUGAGACCACUGCUGCCGCUACCACUGUCCCCGUCACCGGCGUGCCCGUUCCCCCUUACUCCACCCGUGUGCCCAUCCGCUCCACCAUGCGCAGCUCUGCUGCCCCCAGCGGUGCCGCCCCCACUGGAACCGCCGCUGCCCCCUCCAGCACCCCCGUCUUCAACGGUGCUGGCCGCAACGCCAUCUCCUUCGGCGCUGUUGUCGCCGCUGCCUUCGCCGUCUUCGCCCUCUAA